UCCAUGUAUUUUUUACCCUUCACGGGUAAAUAUCCACAAAACAGCUGUUUGGUAGAGAUGUUUAUCGGAACGUCUUUGGGAUGCGUUGAAAGUUCGAUUUCUCUCGACUGUUGAGAUGAUAAAGGAUAGUAAUGUCGCGACCAAAAUGAUCAUUGUGUAAUUCCAAUUCUUUAGUAAUACGUAACCUCGAUCACCCAAGUAGAACUUGUAGGAAUUAUCAUGGCUCAGUGUAAGUUAACCCCUCGCGAAUUUAUAAGCAAUGCCUUUUCACCGCAAAUUGGUGCGGUCUGUUCAACCGCGGCUGAUGCCACUUGUCAAAAAAACAAUUUAUCAUUCGUCGAACUGCUGCAACCCUUCUGCAAAUUAAAUACCGAAGGUCAUUUUAAAGAUCCACAAGGAAAUACUGUGACUGUUAGGAAUCUUCGACUUUUUAUACAAGAUGUUAAUGCCCACCCACCCGAAGAAAGUGCAGCUAAUAAAAUGUUGAACGAAGCAGUCGGUUCAGUUAUGUGUGAACAUACAACUUCCAUUCGAAUUGGAACUACAGAGCUCGAUAUACCUGUCUCAGUUCCUUGGUUCGAAGCGUGGAGAGAAAUGUUUCUGAGUGUUCAAUUCCCAUCAGACCAUGAAUUCACUAAGCAUUUCCUUGCUUGUAUGAUAGUUGUUUCUACAGCAGAGGACAAUCCGUUGGAGAAGAUACAAAACAUGGGUGCACAGUUACAUCUGAGUAUACCUGGGAAAUUGCCGAAAUGGUUCAAUAAUAAUACGCUUAGAUACUACAUCUUAGUGCAUGAUACUGUACAGGAUGACAGGAACAAGGCUGAAAUAGUUUUUACAGAAAUGAAAAAUAUUUACGGUGCUAAUAAUUGUUUUUUAUUACAAAUGAAUUCAAGACCACCAGGUCAAAUUGACGACAAUACUCAUUUGCCAGACCCUUGGAGUCAAUUUUUAGCGAAGCCUUCAGAUACGUCCGUAAGUAGUGGGCAAAGUAGCUCUCCCCGUACGCCUGCGGAUAUCGGUGGUGUUUCUUCCAUGCCGAGUGAAGUUAUUACAGACACAGAGAAGACAAGCCAAGCUGGAACUCCAAUAGCCCCACAAAGUUCUGUAUUGCUUUCUCCGGAUGAAAAUAGUACUGUUAGUUUUUCUUCCGGAGUAUCCGAAUCAGUAAAUACACAUUUAGAAGUUGGACAAGAAGCUGUUUCCGUUACGGUUCAUCCUUUAAGCCCGACUGUUGAGGAUACAGAAAGUUUAAGUUCUGUUGUACAUACAAAAGGACAAGCAGUUAGUGAUACGCCGAUCAAUGUUAAUGUUUGGGCAGAUUCUCCUAGUUACGUAACUACCCAACAUGGUGCUAGAUUGUCUACGCAAGAUCUCGAAAGACUACGAACAUUAAUAACGGAAUUUUGUUUGAAAAGUUUAUUGCCAUAUGUAGAAAAACAAAUUGGUCUAUUGAACGACGUAAUAUCGAAUAAGAAAGGUGUCAGUAGAUCACUUUUCAGCGCAACAAGACGAUGGUUCGGGACAAAUAAGCCUGGUAUACCAGGACCCACUCCGUCGAAUGCUGUAAUUUAUACAACAGAAUCUCCAGAAUUACAGUUACGUCGGUUAGGUGACUUGUGUUUCAUGUUCGGUCACUAUUCGCUUGCUUACCAAGCGUAUCAUAGCGCGAAGAGAGAUUUUGCAGCGGAUCAAGCUUGGCUUUAUUAUGCAGGUGCUCUAGAAAUGGCUGCUUUAAGUGCAUUCAUGCAAGGUGAAACGAAUAGAAAAACUCUCGAAUAUAUGGACGAUGCGAUAUUGACUUAUCUGAACAGUUGUAAAAUGCCCCAGUUUGCGACAAGAGCAACGCUUCUCAGCGCUGAAUGUUUAAAGGGCCGAGGUUUGUACGGGGAAGCGGCCAAACAAUUGAUUCGUAUGACCAGCGAAAAAUCAGACUUACGUUCCGCGCUUUUGCUGGAACAAGCAGCCUAUUGCUUUAUUGGACCGAAAAUGAUGCGAAAGUAUGCAUUUCAUGCUGUUCUUGCUGGUCACAGGUUUUCGAAAGCAGGCCAAAAGAGGCAUUCGUUACGAUGUUACCAACAAGCGUACCAGGUGUACGAUGGAAGGGGUUGGUCGUUGGCUGAAGAUCAUAUACAUUCUACUAUCGGUACACAAGCAGCAUUAUUGAAACAAGUUGGCGAAGCAGUUAAAGCAUUUGUGAAGUUGUUAAAUGCCUACAGUAAGCAAGGAGCUCCGCAGCAGGCAAAAUUUUUACAUGAUUUUUUAAAUGUCCAUAAUUUAUUGUUACAGGAAGGUUUAUCAAAUGGUCACGAGCUUCCUACCUUGCCUUUACCAUUGGUAAAUAGCGAUAAUAUUAAAGUAUUAUAUGGCCCUAUAGCGAAACCAUAUGAAAAUAAGAUUCCAGCAAGCCAUCUUUCAUUUAAUACCGAAGAUUGCGACGAUGUAAGAUGGUAUAAAAUGGAGGAAAUGUUAAUAACAGAAGCUCAAGGAUCGCCACCUAUGAUAAUGAAACCAUUGGUUGCGUUAUAUUCCAAAAUAAGUAACAAUACCGUGAAAGCAAACGCGGUUUUGGAUGAACCGGUGCAUUUUUGUAUCGAGUUGUAUAACCCGUUACACAUACCGCUGCCAUUGUCUAAUAUCACCCUGUUAUGGUUGUUCACUUCUGCCGAUGGACAAGUUACAAACGAAAUAAAGCUGCUAGAGAGCUUGAAACCGAUAGAAGCGCAGAUAAUAGAAACAAUUAUUUUGCAACCAACUUGUGGACAACAUAUAACAUUGUAUCUUGUACCAAAACAAGUAGGAGAAUUAAAAGUGUUGGGUUUAAGCUAUGAUUUAUCUAAUCCAACGAUAGCUGUUAGUGGAAAAAGGUUAUUUGAAAUCAGAGGGCCUAAACUAAAGAAUGUUAAAGAAAAACCCGGUACAAAUAUGUACGGUGUAGAUUAUAGAUUAGAAAUGAAUGUUAUCGAAAAGGCACCGUGUCUGCAGGUUUACUUCAGUAACUUAACCUCGAAGAUAUUAUGUGGUGAAAUUCAAAAAGUAGACGUUACAUUAAGGAAUGUAGGGAAUGCACCGUUGACAAAUGUAUACUUAGCGUCCACAGAUGCAAAACUAUUUUCAUUGGGCGAAGAGUACGUGAAUACACAAGAGUACGCGACAAAGAAAAGUAACAAACUUAUAACGAAAAUUCCGUUACCUUUCGAUACCAAUACAUUAAAUGUCGGCGAGAGUUGCACAAUACCAUUAUGGAUGCGUGCACCCCAUGAGAAAGGUGAUCAUCGUUUAGACUUACUUUUUUACUACGAGAACAUUGAUUCGAAGAGCACGAUAAAAUACCGACUGUGCAGACACACAUGGCAUUUCACGGUUUUGGAUUCGGUGCAGAUCAGCGCGAUCGCCACCAGGAGCGUAUUAUUUAAGGAUGUUUCGCCGACACUGAACUUAAUAGUGUGCGUUAAAAAUGCAAGCCACGUUCAUGAUUCCAUUACCAAUGAAAUCGUAUUAUCGAAAGUAUUGUUCCAAAGUGACACGUGGUCUGUGUUCAGUUCGUCUGUCCUGUCAAUCGAGAUUAAAAUACAGCCUCAGGAAAUGUUUCAUUUGAUGCUCAAGUUACGAAAGAAGAGCGAAGGCGAGUCAGUAUUCUCUGACGUGUUCCUCACUCAAGAACCCGACAGCGCAGCGUCGAAUGCACAGAAUUAUCCAUACAUUAGUUUCAUACAAAGACGGCAUAUACCAUCGUUAGAUGUGAAUGAAAAUUCGAUCGAUACACAACAGCCAUUUCAACGGUCGCUACAAAAUGCAGAGCAGCCGUUUUUGUCUGCUGCCGUGACAUUAAAUUCCACUUUAAUCCUUAAAUGGCAGGCGAGAGCAGUUGAAGGCGGAGUUGUUACGAGACACGUGAUUGGUCAACAUCAUCUCGACCUCGAGUAUUUGAAUAAAACUUACAAGCAUCCUAAAGAAAUUCAACUUGAACCGAACGAAUACGAGGGACGGUUGAAAAUAUUCGGACCGGAUAGAAAUGUGCCCGAUUCGUCGACUGUGACGAAUAAAGAGCAAACAUUAGAAACAGAAUUUUUGAAAAACAUCAUUUCCUUUUCGUUGAGUCACGCUAGGCAAAUUUCGCAUAAUUUCGAUCAAAAUCGAUUGUGCUUCGUUCCAGUGAUAAUGUACAUACAGAACCAUUUAGAAUCGCAAAUUGACGUUAAAGUCAGUACAAUCGGCACUAGCAGUGGCACGCAUCUUCCAAAUAUAAAAUCACAAGUAUACUCACCACAGGCGUCUACGUUCUAUAGAUACGCAUGUCAUUCGGCGAUUUCGUCUCAUAUUGAACCACUUGCCAGCAGUACUGUAAAGUUACAAGCUGUACUUCCAGCCUCUGGAACGUACGAUUUAGCAGCGCGUGUAGAAGUCUCUGUAAGAGUUGUAAAUACUAGGGAAUUCAUCUUACAGAAAUGGAAAAUGGAGAGCAUAUGUAUUAUUAAUGGUGAUAGUAAAUAAUUAAAACUA